AUGGGUAUCGAAGAUGCGCUUUCAGCCGAGCUCCGCGAGAAACUGAGAGACGACCUAUUAGCAACCGAUCUCAAAUUCGUCGCUGAAGUCCCCAAGGUUGAGCUGCACGUCCAUAUCGAAGGAACGAUUACCGCAGCGCUCAGAUGGAAAUUGACCCAGAGAAAUGGCACGAAGCUAAAGAUAGCAAAGAACGGGCCUGAGCUGAAGACCCUAGAAGAACUGCAGGCCGCAAUGGACUUGCUACGGCCAGAUUCCAGUCGCGUGAAUAACGAGGAGGAAGAGGAUUACUUCGAUCUGGCAAUGCAUUAUCUUGAGCACGCUGCCAAGAUGAAUGUGAGGUACUGCGAGAUCUUCUUUGAUCCACAGGGUCACACGAGUCGUGGGAUAUCAUGGGAUGUCAUGAUGGGAGGUUUCCGACAAGCUUCGGAAAAAGCUGAGAAAGAGUUGAAUGUGACAUCGGCAUGGAUCAUGUGCUUCCUCCGAGAUCUCCCGCCAGAAUCGGCUAUGGAACAUUACAAGGCUGCACUACCCUAUCGCGAUACGAUCAUCGGGAUAGGGCUCGAUUCGAACGAGACGGACCGUCCACCAUCACUUUUCGACGAGGUCUUUUCCCUGGCUCGCCGCGACGGGUUCAAGCUCACCAUGCAUUGCGAUGUGGAUUCGAAGAAUACUCACGAGCACAUUAGACAGGCGGCAUCCGCGAUCGCUGGCACGGGCCUUGACCGCAUCGAUCACGGUCUCAAUGUUGCGGAAAGCCAGGAUUUGAUUGAUUUGAUUCUGAAGCGUGAUGUUGGCAUGACGGUCUGCCCGUGGUCUUACUUGAGGCACACCACAUAUGCAGAACUGGGACCGAAGAUUCGCGUCUUGUACGAUGCGGGUAUCAAGAUUAGUAUCAACAGUGAUGACCCGGCGUACAUGGAAGACUGUUGGGUCCUGGAAAAUGUUUUGUUGGUGAAGCAUCUGUGUGGGUUUGACGACAAGGAUGUUGCGGUUCUGGCCAGAAAUGCCAUCAAUAUCUCAUGGGCAACGCCAGAGGUCAAAGCGAAUGUAUUGCAGGAGAUUGACUUGGUGUAUGAUCGAUUCUAUCCACCUUCGUGA